AUGUAAACGAUUUCAAGUUGACAUUUUGCAAUAAAUAUCUUUUGUGUGUUCAUCAUACAUACAUGAAUUAAGGAAGAAAAGUGUGAAAUUAAGUAGUAAAAUAAUUUACAUGUAACUAAGCAGUGCAAUUAACAGAAUUAAAAAUUUCGUAUUAUAAAUCACAUCUACGUAAAUAAAAGGUGCCGGUGUAAAAGCAAAAUUAAUUUUAUGAGUGUUUAAACGAAUUUGUGUGCGCUUCAUUUGGAUUAUGGAAAAUGUUAAUGCAACAGCAACAGCAGCCACUUUACAUCAACAACAACAACAAUUACAACAGCACCAGCAGCUGCAGCAACACCACCAAGAACAACAGCAACAACAUGAACAUCAACAGCAAUUUUGCUUGCGUUGGCAUAACCAUCAGACCAGUCUUCUGAGCACACUCCCAGUGCUUUUAGAUCAGUCUCACCUUACCGAUGUAACUAUUUCAGCAGAGGGACGUAUGCUGCGUGCACAUCGAGUUGUACUCAGCGCAUGCAGCACUUUUUUCCUGGAGCUCUUUCGAACCUUGGAUGCCACCAAUCAUCCAAUAAUAAUCAUACCAGGCGCUUCGUUUGCCGCCAUAGUGGCACUGCUAACCUUCAUGUAUUCCGGUGAGGUGAAUGUCUACGAAGAGCAGAUACCUAUGUUGCUUAAUCUGGCUGAGACCUUAGGCAUUAAAGGGCUUGCAGAUGUCCAAAAUAAUUUACAGAAAUCAAAUAGGCGUGCUGCUACAGCACCACCAGCGCCGCCACAGCAGACACAUGAUUUUCUAGAUGCACUGCGCAAAGAGGAGUCCGACACAUCGCCCACCCCACCCUCUCCGCCGCCGUCAUCAACAGCAAUGGCGCCGCCUACGUUGGCUCCCCCUUUAGCUUGCACCGUGCCACCGCCGACCGCGCAACUACCCCUGCUUUCCGCCGCCACAAUGCCAAAUGCCUUCAGUUCACCGCUGCUCGGCAGUAAGUUGCCUACACCCUUGGAAAGCUUCUUCCUAAAGUCACUGCAGUUUUAUCCGAAUUUGCUGCCACAACCACUUAAUUUCUCACAAACGGCGUUGAACAAGACCAGCGAGUUGCUGGCUAAAUACCAGCAGCAAUGCAACAGUUUGUACCAAGACGCGUUGGGCGCAUCGUCCAAGGAUAUUUUACCCACAUUCGGUGCUGAAGAUUAUGUGGCAGCUACACAACUAAACACGGGAGCAAUAGAAGAUGGUGGGGGAACUUAUGGCGCAGCAAAGCGAUUUUGCCUGGGUGAAAAACAACGACAAUUGACGGUACUACCUACACAGCCGCAGACUUCGCAUCUUCAUUAUCAGCAGUCGCAGUCACAGCAACCGCAUAUGCCGCAUACACUGUUGCAUACACAACCAAACUCACAACAACAAAAAGACAUUAAACGGAUCGAUAAGAUUGUAGAAAAUUUGCGUAAGACACCGUUGGGCAGCGAAAGUGGCUUAACGACACAUGGAUCACAGGUGUUGCAUCAACAGCGACAAUCACCGCAACAGCAACAACAUUUACAAAGUCAACUUCAAGCACCGUCGCUAAGUGUAAAGACCACGUUGAGCGGUAAUUAUACACCCACUUUACAAACACCUCAUUUGAGCAGCAAUAAACCGCCUUGGUCCAGCUCUCCGGCACCAGUAGCUGGCACCACACAGACUCAAUUGCAGCAGCAUCAUCAACACACUCAGGCUAUAUCUUAUUUGAGCGCAGAAGAUCAAGUGGCCAAGCUGCAACAACAAAUAGAUCAGUUUGCUAGCUGUAGCCAUAGUACCACAUCUGCAGUGGCAACGACUUCAACUGGUGUCAACAGCUCAGAGGCAAAGGUUAACGCGCAAACCGAUGGAAAUCUACUAUCUGCAUUGACGGAGAAGCCACCGACCGGCGUGUCAAACUCGUCGAAUGCGCCAAACGCCAACCCACAGCCAAAACCACCGUCGAAUUCAAAGUUGUAUGCAACAUGCUUCAUCUGCCACAAACAGCUCAGCAAUCAAUAUAAUUUGCGUGUACAUCUAGAGACACACCAGAAUGUGCGCUAUGCUUGCAAUGUUUGUUCGCAUGUGUCGCGCAGCAAAGAUGCACUACGCAAGCACGUUUCCUAUCGCCAUCCCGGCGCACCGUCGCCUUGCGAAUCAGAAGCACGCCGCAAGCGUGCUACCAAAGCGGCAAACGCAUCACCACCUGUUGCCACCGUCACCACAUCAACAAGCUCGGGAGCUUCAGGUAGCGGUAGCGCAACACCCACUUCACCUGUUGCUGCAGUCAGCGCGCCAUUUCAACUAAAUCCACUCGGCACGAUUGCCAACUCAGCGACUGCUACGUCGGUUAGUGCGAGCGGGGAAACCGGCAAUACGUCUACAUUGAAUGCAGAGGCGCAAAUGGCGGCGGCAGCACAGUUGAGUUCUGCUUAUAUGUUUUUGCCGAAUCAAUUUCAUUUAGCGGCGGCAGCAGCUGCCGCUGCGCAACAACAACAGCAGCAGCAACAGCAAUUGCAAAAUGCUAUAGAUGCUUCAAAUACAGCAGCAGCAGUGGCAGCUUUAAGCUUUGCAGCCACCUCGACGUCGUCUGCUACACCGACUACAGCAACUGCUUCAAAUGGGGAGGAUGGCAGUGCAGUGGCGUUGGCCAAUAAUGUGCACAUUAAACGUGAGCCCAGUCCAGUCGUUGGCAGCCCGGUCACAAGGCAGCAAACUGGCAGUAAUAAUAACAGUUUGGGCGGUUUAGGGGACUUAAGUCCAACAAAUGUGCCGUAGUGUAAACGGUUUCCGUUCAUAUUUUAGUCAGUAGUACGGUUUUAGUAUCAAUUAUCCUUUCCUCAUUUCACGUUUUUUGUUUUUUUUUAUAUACGGAUCAGCUUUAUUAUAUAAAUUUUUAUUUUGAAGUGUAACAAGUUUGCUACUAGAUUUAAGUCCUUAAGAGACUUUUUACACAAAUGAUCCCAUCGUUAGCCCCGGCUGUGAUAA